AUGGUAGCAUGUCUGUAUGCCAACACAGGGGAAGCAAAGACAGGAAUAGGCCAACUUGGGCUGCAUAAAACACCAGAUGAAAAUGGUAAAACCCAGAGAGCUGAUGAUUUUGUCUUGAAGAAAAUAAAGAAGAAAAAGAAAAAGAAACAUCGAGAAGACGUGCGAGGAAGACGCCUUAAAAUGUACAACAAAGAAGUACAAACCGUAUGUGCUGGCCUGACUCGAAUCAGUAAAGAGAUUCUCACCCAAGGACAAAUAAAUAGCACUUCUGGAGUUAAUAAAGAGUCCUUCAGGUAUCUGAAAGAUGAACAGCUGUGCCGAUUAAAUUUGGGCAUGCAGGAAUAUCGGGUGCCCCAGGGAGUACAAACACCCUUUACGACUCACCAGGAACACUCGAUUCGUAGAAAUUUCUUAAAAACAGGUACUAAAUUUAGCAGCUUCAUCCACGAGGAACACCAGUCCAACGGCGGUGCUCUGGUACUUCAUGCGUACAUGGAUGAACUCUCAUUUUUGUCUCCAAUGGAGAUGGAGAGAUUUUCUGAGGAGUUUCUUGCUUUGACAUUCAGUGAAAACGAGAAAAAUUCUGCUUACUAUGCUUUAGCAAUAGUGCAUGGAGCGGCUGCUUAUCUUCCAGACUUUUUGGACUAUUUUGCUUUUAAUUUCCCCAACACUCCAGUGAAAAUGGAAAUUUUGGGCAAGAAAGAUAUUGAAACAACCACCAUUUCAAAUUUUCAUACUCAGGUCAACAGGACGUACUGCUGUGGCACUUACCGAGCAGGCCCCAUGCGGCAGAUAAGUCUUGUUGGAGCAGUCGAUGAAGAAGUUGGUGAUUAUUUCCCAGAGUUCCUUGAUAUGUUAGAAGAAUCCCCAUUUUUGAAAAUUGGUGGCUUCCUCUGCUCUACUUCAGUAUCAAUGAAUGAAAUAAAAAAUCUCCAGUACCUACCUCGGACCAGUGAACCCCGUGAAGUCCUCUUUGAAGACAGGACGAGAGCUCAUGCUGACCAUGUAGGCCAGGGGUUUGAUUGGCAGAGUACAGCUGCUGUCGGGGUUUUGAAAGCUGUCCAGUUUGGUGAAUGGAGUGGCCAGCCUCGCAUAACCAAAGAUGUGGUUUGCUUCCAUGCUGAGGAUUUUGCUGAUGUUGUUCAGAGACUUCAGCUAGACCUUCACGAGCCUCCAGUUUCACAGUGUGUGCAGUGGGUGGAUGAAGCUAAACUAAACCAAAUGAGGCGGGAAGGCAUUCGGUAUGCUAGAAUCCAGCUGUGCGACAAUGACAUCUACUUCAUCCCUAGAAAUGUUAUUCACCAGUUUAAAACAGUGUCUGCAGUGUGCAGCCUCGCCUGGCACAUACGGCUCAAACAGUACCACCCUGCUGUGGAAGCCACACAGAGCACCGAGAGCAAGUCUCACGUGGACAGCGGCUUUACCGGAAAGAGAGAGUUAGACGUUGACUCCCAAUGCAUGAGGGUAAAAGCGGAAGCUGAGGACAAGUGCCCAGAGACUAGGCUUUUGACAGCUGCAUCGCUGCCCUUCUCAACCCCAGCAGAGCUCCACCCACCACAGGCUCCAAAGACAAGGCCUGUGCCCAUUUUCAAGGUGGAAAGUAGACUGGACUCUGACCAGCAACACAAUCCGCAGGAACACUCAAGCACUCCUGUCUGAUAUGUACAUACUCAAACACAUUUUUUAACUUUUUUAAAUUUUGAUGUGAAGUUAUAGUUUUAUAACUGGCUUACGUUAAGUUUUAUUGGAGAAAUCUUGCUUAUAAUUCUAUAAAGAGAAAUGACAUUCCACAAAUGUCAGGCAUAUCUUUUUUACACAGAUUAUGCAGAGUUUAGAGUUGUAUCUUAUCCCGUUAGUACAGUCUGUAAUAGUGGGUCUGCUGCUAUGUUCUGUUGUAAGGUGUGAGGUAACAAUUCAAUCUCUUCAAAACAAGAAUUUUCUCUAAUAACAGAUUCUUAUUUGAUAAUUAUUUACUUCCCUUAUCUUGCCUUGCCUCUGCCAUAUUUGCUGUUUUUCUUUUUUAAAUGUAAAUCAGAUUUGUGGUUUAGUACUGUGUCUUCAGGGCACAAAAUCAGUUUCCACAGUAAAAAUGGCAUGGGUUGCAGGACAGAGGUCCUGCAACUGUGUAUGUGGGCAAGUAAGUUAUUUAUCCAGCUGUAAAGAACAGGUUUCUAAGCAAAUUCAGUGGCUCUCUGGCUUCUUAACAAAAGAGGAAGCACAGCAUUUUCUGACUGUCUUUUUUGUAACUGUUAUUUAAAGCCCAGUGGAUAUUUCAAUUAAAAAAUGUAAAGAAGAAUA